AUGGGCGGAUCGCCGCAUCUGACCGAGCGUCAACACGCGCAACACGCGACAUUUCCUUCGCCGCGUCGAAAUCCACAGUACCCUGUCUCGGCGACUCGUGGGAAUGGACUCGUGGACUCGCAGCAGCUCCCGGACACUGAUCGACAUGCCAACCGCUGUUCAGUACCCGCUGCUCAAAGCACGGCGUCAACGCGAGCCGAGACAGGUCCUUCCAGCUUGCCUUAUAAGACGAAAACCCGGAACGGCAGCUCAACAUCAUCCAGAGAUCCCGUUCCCCAGCCACAAACACAAGAGCUACCAGGCUCGUCGAAUAAUUCGACCGCCCAGAGUGGCUACUCGCCCAAGCAGCCACAACCGCAACCUCCACCCAUAGAAGCCGGAGACCCUCCCGCGGAAAACCUACGAGAUAACGGCGCCCAAUCCUCUACAAUACCCAAAAGUCCAUCGAAAAUGUUACUGGGUCAGAAGCGAACGGCAAUGGGGGUGGCGAAAUCUGCGCACAGCCCGCAAGAUUCUUAUAGCGUCAAUAAAACCGGCGUUGAAAGACGGCGCUCGGGCAGCAUUGGCUCGCUCUCUCAUGGGAAUCGGAUUGCGGCCUUGUCCGUACAUCUCCGUACGCGCCUGUCUUAUGCUGCAUCCAAGAUUGAGAAAAGCCGGCAAGGAAACACUGCACGGUUGCCAAUGGGCCUACUAGAAAAUGGCUCCCAUGCACCCCCCGCAGAUCUGGACUCGCUAAAACGCAUGGGUUUUUACCAUUACCCCGACAUUCCCUUAGAAACUCAUCAAGCGAUGGACAUGAAUUCUCCUGAUGGCACAACUGUGUCUGCACCGGAUGCGUCAGUGCCAUUUCAUUCCCAGUUCCAGCAAGAGCCUUUGCGAGCGUCGCCAAUAAUUCGCUCCGGUUCAUCCACCUCAUUCACGCCACAUCAUGAUCGGUCGAGAUCCCAUGGCUCAACACCAACGAUCCCAAGACUUGCACCGCCAGCAGACAUCAUUCCGAAAAGUAGUAAUCCACGGCGAAGAAGGCCGAAUCCUAACGAAGCGUUCAGCUCCCAACGAUACUCCCCCUUUCCCCUUCAUCGACGACACCAUUCACAACAGGAGUUCAGUGCUUCAAAACCGGUCACCAAUUCGGAAACCCUCCUGGUACCUGGAACACCCCCACUUCAGCCACCAUCUGGGGUAACUUCAACGCCGUAUGGACAUAUUCAAGGCACAGCGAUGGAACAGGAUGCCAUUGAGACGCUAUUAUUUAUGUCCAGCCCGGGACACUCGGGGUAUCAUUCCAAUUCCCAGAACUCUCAGGCCCAACCGAGCUUGGUACGGAACAGCGUUAGCAACUCCAUAGAUUCCAUGACCAGCUCGAGAUGGGGACAGGGGUCGCAUCACAAGGAUGAAAGCGACCAGUCCGGUUCCCACAGGCACGGAUCGAAUGCUGGAUUGGAGUCGCAAGCAGGCGAUGAGAUCGAUCGUAUGCUAGACCAGAUGGAUAGCGACAGUGAGGACGAAAAGCCCUUUGCUCGUCAUCACUCGAACAGUCUGAGCACAACUUCAAUACAGAAAAAGAGCUCCAGCGGGCGGGAGACUCCUGGAGGGUCCUGA